AAAAAUCCAUUUGGUAAUUGUCAUUUCGUUUUCAUUACUCUAAAACUUCCUUUUCUUCAACUCCCAAUAUGGCUUCCGAAUCUCAAAUCUCCUUUUUCACGUUGAACACUGCAGCUAAAAUCCCCUCCGUCGGACUCGGAACUUGGCAGGCAGCUGAAGGUCUCGUCGGUAAUGCCGUUGCCGCCGCCAUCAAGAUCGGAUAUCGACAUAUUGAUUGUGCUCGAGACUAUGGCAACGAGAAAGAGAUUGGUUCGGUUCUCAAACAGCUUUUUGAAGAAGGUGUAGUUAAGCGUGAGGAUUUGUGGAUCACUUCCAAACUCUGGUGUAGUGAUCAUGCUCCAGAAGACGUUCCAGCAGCACUUGACAGAACCUUGGAAGAUUUGCAGCUUGAUUAUCUUGAUCUAUACCUUAUCCAUUGGCCAGUUCGGUUGAAACAUGGAUCUACUGACUUGGCCCCUGAAAACUUUGUUGCCCCGGACAUACCGAGCACAUGGAAAGCCAUGGAAGAACUCUAUGAUUCUGGAAAAGCUCGAGCUAUUGGUGUAAGCAAUUUGUCCACUAAAAAGCUUGAAGAUUUGCUGGAGGUAGCUCGCAUUACUCCGGCUGUCAAUCAGGUGGAGUGUCACCCAGGAUGGCAGCAGAACAAAUUACAUGAAUUUUGCGAAUCAAAAGGAAUUCAUCUAAGCGGAUACUCUCCAUUGGGUUCACGUGGGACAACUUGGCUCAAGGGUGGUGAUAUUCUUGAAAAUCCAAUUCUUAAAGAGAUUGCCGAAGAGCUUGGUAAGACUCCUGCACAAGUUGCCCUUCGCUGGGGACUACAAAAGGGUCAUAGCAUUCUUCCAAAAAGUACUUCCGAAUCGAGGAUCAAAGAAAAUUUCGACAUUUUCGAUUGGUCCAUACCAGAAGAUAUGUUUGCUAAGUUUUCUGAGUUUGAACAGGCAAGGGUUCUUAGAGGAGAAAUGUUUAUAAAUGAGAAUUCAGUGUACCGCAGCGUUGAGGAAUUGUGGGAUGGAGAGAUUUAAAAGCUGUUGUUGGAGGGUAGAAAGAGAAUACGUUUCGCCAUGUUUUUGUUGUAAUAAAAAUAAUUCAAGUUAGAUUGUUAAUGAUUGUUGGGAAACUUCAUGCAGUAGGUUUCAUUUCAAAUCUAGAGUGUGUUUGAAGGCGUCUUAAUGGUUUUUAAGUAUGCCAUAUAUGUUUUUAGUUCCUUCUAGUACAAAAGCUUUUCCUUUUCCUCUGUUUUGGGAUAAUAA